AUGCCGACGGCCGAAUACAAAGGUCCAUCCUCUUACGUGGACUACGGUCGCCAGGGGAGCUUGACUCCGAUAUUUCCCAAUAGCUCAUACGACACGCCAAAGCCGUCGCUCAACGACGAUGAAGAAAAUAUGGAUAUCCUCAUCGAAGAAUUGGAGUCAGUACGCGGCAUUCACGAUGACGGAGACGACUCACAAGAUGAGCCCGGAUACGCUGGCACGGUUCCCGAUGAGUUGCUUCGGACGGAUCCGCUGAGGGGUCUUGACGACAAGGAAGUCCUGGCUCGUCGGAAGAAGUACGGUCUCAACAAGCUGAAGGAGGAUAAGCAGAACCAUUACCUCAAGUUCUUGUCUUUUUUCGUUGGUCCAAUUCAGUUUGUCAUGGAGGCUGCUGCGAUACUGGCUCUUGGUCUCCGAGAUUGGGUCGACUUUGGCGUCAUUUGUGCACUUCUUCUCCUGAACGCAUCCGUGGGCUUUCUUCAGGAAUUCCAGGCAGGCUCCAUCGUGGAAGAACUGAAGAAAACCUUGGCUCUCAAAGCAGUCGUGGCUCGAAACGGGGACCUUGUUGAAAUCGACGCGUCCGAGGUGGUUCCAGGGGAUAUCUUGAAAAUCGAUGAGGGUACUAUUGUUUCGGCUGAUGGUCGUAUUAUCACCGAUGACGCCUUUCUUCAAGUGGACCAGUCUUCCAUCACAGGAGAGUCUUUAGCGGUUGACAAACAACUCGGUGAAGUUUGCUUCGCAUCGUCUGCUGUAAAGCGUGGCGGCGGCUUGGUUAUUGUUACAGCCACUGGCGAUCACACCUUUGUUGGGCGGGCUGCUGCAAUGGUCAACGCUGCUUCAUCCGGAUCUGGUCACUUCACUGAUGUUCUUAACGGCAUUGGCACUGUCCUCCUGGUUCUCGUCAUAGUCACUCUUCUCAUUAUUUGGGUCUCGUCUUUCUACCGCUCCAAUAACAUCUUGACCAUCUUGGAGUUCACCUUGGGCAUUACUAUCAUCGGUGUUCCUGUCGGUCUUCCUGCCGUCGUCACGACCACCAUGGCUGUCGGGGCUGCGUAUCUCGCCAAGAAACAGGCUAUCGUUCAGAGACUCUCGGCCAUCGAGUCCCUAGCUGGCGUCGAGAUUCUAUGCUCGGACAAGACAGGCACAUUGACGAAGAAUAAACUGUCGUUGUCAGAACCCUACACGGUAGCCGGUGUCGAACCAGAAGAGCUCAUGCUGACUGCUUGUCUGGCUGCCUCACGGAAGAAAAAAGGCAUCGAUGCUAUUGACCGUGCUUUCCUCAAGGCACUCCGUUACUAUCCACGUGUCAAAUCUGUCCUCACUCAAUACAAAGUUCUCGAGUUCCAUCCGUUUGAUCCUGUCUCCAAGAAGGUCACCGCUGUCGUCGAGUCACCUGAAGGCGAGCGUAUUACCUGUAUGAAGGGGGCUCCACUGUUCGUUCUGAGGACGGUCGAGGAAAGUCACCGAGUUGCUGAAGAAAUCGAUGCCGAUUAUAAGAACAAGGUUGCUGAAUUUGCGCUUCGUGGCUUCCGAUCGCUCGGAGUUGCUCGCAAGCGUGGCGAUUCCCAAUGGGAGAUCCUUGGUAUUAUGCCAUGCUCUGACCCUCCGCGUGAUGAUACUGCAAAGACUAUCAAUGAGGCUAAGACUCUUGGACUGUCCAUUAAGAUGUUGACAGGUGACGCGGUUGGUAUUGCUCGAGAGACAUCCCGCCAGCUAGGGCUCGGGACAAACGUGUACAACGCAGAACGACUUGGCCUGGGCGGCGGCGGUACCAUGCCUGGAUCUGAAGUCUAUGACUUUGUCGAGGCGGCCGACGGCUUCGCUGAAGUCUUCCCUCAGCACAAAUACAAUGUCGUUGAGAUUCUACAGCAGCGUGGUUAUCUUGUUGCAAUGACAGGUGACGGCGUCAAUGAUGCUCCAUCCCUCAAAAAGGCAGACACCGGGAUUGCGGUAGAGGGUUCUUCGGAUGCAGCCCGCUCAGCCGCUGAUAUCGUUUUCCUGGCUCCUGGAUUAUCCGCCAUCGUCGACGCUCUGAAGACUUCCCGUCAGAUCUUUCAUCGCAUGUACGCGUACGUCGUGUAUCGUAUUGCAUUAUCGCUCCAUCUCGAGAUCUUCCUGGGCCUGUGGAUCGUGCUCAUGAACGAGAGUCUUAAUCUCCAGCUAGUGGUAUUCAUCGCUAUAUUUGCGGAUAUCGCGACACUGGCUAUUGCCUACGAUAAUGCUCCUUACUCGAAGACACCCGUGAAGUGGAAUCUUCCCAAGUUAUGGGGUAUGUCCGUUCUUCUCGGUAUCGUGCUGGCCGCGGGAUCGUGGAUCACAUUGUCCACCAUGAUGAUGGCUGGUGAAGACGGGGGAAUUGUGCAAAAUUUUGGACGGCGCGAUGAAGUCUUGUUCCUCGAGAUUACAUUGACCGAGAACUGGCUGAUAUUUAUCACACGUUCAAGCGGACCGUUCUGGUCAUCGCUCCCUUCUUGGCAGCUGGCGGCAGCGAUUUUUGUGGUUGACCUUCUGGCAACAUUCUUCUGCCUAUUUGGCUGGUUCGUUGGUGGGCAAACGUCUAUCGUCGCCGUUAUCCGUGUCUGGAUCUUUUCCUUUGGGGUCUUCUGUAUCAUGGGCGGUCUCUACUACCUCUUGAAUGGCUCGACGGGUUUUGACAACAUCAUGCAUGGCAAGAGUCCGAAGGGUAAUGCAAAGCAACGCUCUCUCGAAGAUUUUGUCGUUUCGUUGCAGCGAGUGUCGACCCAGCAUGAGAAAAAUUCAUGA